GCUCCGUCGAGGGUUUCUCGUGCUCGCCGUCUGUUCUUUUCUUACCCUCAUUUAAUCGAUCUGAAGGCGGCGAUCGAGGCCGCGCCUCAAGAAAUCCAUCGAUCCUUCCUUUGUGCGAGAACAUGUCGCGAGAUCCGGCUAAAACGGUGUACAUAGGUAAUUUGGAUGAAAAGGUGAGCGAGCGAGUCUUAUAUGAGAUACUGAUUCAGGUAGGUCGUGUAGUGGACCUGUAUAUUCCUCGGGAUAAGGAAACUAAUCGCCACAAGGGAUAUGCUUUUGCGGAAUAUGAAUCUGAGGAGAUUGCAGACUAUGCUGUUAGACUCUUUUCUGGCCUUGUUCGUCUCCAUAAUAAAACACUUAAAUUUGCGAUAUCUGGGCAAGAUAAAUCCUCUCAGAACACCAGAACACCAAUGACUCCUAAGCCAAAUUCUCCACCUAUACUGAAGCCAACUUCGGUACAUACACGAGAAAUAGCAACAUCUAAUGGCUUAGUAAGCCAAGGUGUCGGCAGUGGCAACUAUGAAUAUACAAGGCGUGUAUUUGGGGCUAUGUUGAACAAUGUUAAUCGAUGGGGUGGGACACAUCCAAAUGCGUAUCCAUCCUACUAAUCUUUCUUGUUUUUAUUUGGUCGGAUUUUCUUGUUAUCAGAUAACAAGCAGUGACUCCUCUAGAUGUAGCUUUCUACAGAUUCUCCUUAUUGCUCUCAUAAUUAAACUGUCCUUGUUGGUUACUUGUGGACGUGCACUCGCAGUUCACAAGUAUCAUCAUGGUUGUUGUCAGCUUUGAUCUAAUGUGACUGCAGGAGGACAUGACUGUUUCUUGUAAAGUGCUUUGGUCGACCAAAUGUGGAAAUAUAAGAUGAUAGUAGUGUGUUUCAUGAUUUGUAA